GCAAUUGCAUUUCAUUGAAGAACACACGAGUGGCGUAGAACAAGUCAUGGCGGUAACCUGUUGUAUCUUGCUGACGUUAGUUGUUUCGGUUGCUGGUCUACCGGCUUCUAAGGAAGGAUAUGGCCCUGCGCCACUAACGGCCCCUGACGUUGAGCCAAUAAACGAUUGUCCAGAAUACGGUGUUUUUGCUUACCCUCACCUACAGGCAUGUGAUAAGUACUACAAAUGUGAGAACGGAACUUUUACCUGGGAAACCUGUCCAAAUGGCCUUGUUUUUUCCGAAAACGGUGGUGUGUACGACUUUUGUACUUAUCCAUGGAAUGUGAACUGUGGAGAUAAAGAAAGAGCUGAUCCUAUACCUUCAGAAAACUGCCCGUGGCAGUGGGGAGUUUUCCCCAUGACUUCAGGCUGUAACACCCAGUAUUACAAGUGUGCUUGGGGAGAAGCUAAUAUCACAGAUUGUAAAGUUGGUCUGGCUUACGACGACAGAAUUCACGUGUGUAACUGGCCAGACUUGUUGGAGGACUGUGAUAGCGAAAAGAUCGUAGGAUUCACCUGUCCAACAAAAGUUUCGGGAAAAUCAGCCACUUAUUUUCCAUUCCCUCGUUAUCCGGCCCCUAACGACUGUACUCGCCUGAUCGUUUGCGUCAACAAUCGUCCACGACUUAUCAGCUGUGGUAACGGUUCUGCCUUCAGCUUAGAAUCUUACGCAUGUAGUGACAUCAGGGACGUUCCUGACUG